CCCCUGUAAGAUCCUAUUCGGAAGAUCACACUUAAUGUGCCAUGAUGUGCACAUUGCUACAUAUCUGGCUUGUGGUACUUUCUUUUACAAAGCUGUCUCAUGGAAUCCCACUUGCUGAGUUCUACCCGUUUGGAGUAUCGCAGGGUGAUAGUGACUUCCCUAAGAAUGAUGAUGGCAGCUCACCAGUUGUAACUAUCAGUACUCUGUUCCCGUUCUUUAACAACCAACACGACAGUUUAUACGUAAAUACUAAUGGUGUAAUCAGCUUUCUGAGAACCCUGUCACAAUACACGCCUGAUCCUUUCCCUCUGAGCGGUUCACGCCGGCUAAUAGCCCCAUUUUGGGCGGAUGUCGACAUACGAAAUGGCGGCACGGUUUGGUAUCGAGAAACAACAAGUGCAUCCAUCCUUCAGAGAGCCACAGACGACGUAAGACUGUUUUAUCCGAGCCAGUCGAGCUUUGUAGCGGCUUGGGUAUUUAUCGCCACCUGGGAUGAUGUCGCCUUUUUUGGAGCAACUACACCCGAUGCAGCAACGAAAAGAAAUUCUUUUCAAGCUGUUCUUAUCACCAAUGGUCGACAUUCGUUCACAAUAUACAACUAUUAUGAGAUAACUUGGACGACUGGAACGGCUAGCGGCGGUACUCCCGCCGAGGGUUUGGGAGGAACACCAGCUCAGGUAGGAUUCAAUGCUGGUGAUGGCGUUAAUUACUAUGCUGUCAACGAAUCACGAACAGACGCUAUAAUCAAUCUCCCUCGAUUGUCAAACGUACAUGUGGAUGGGAAGUUUGUGUUCCGAAUAGACACUGAGACAAUCGAACAGGGCGGCUGUAACACAGGAGGAACCUUGACUAUAUCACCCCGAUAUUCCCACAUGUUUGGCGGAGAGAAAAAGCUGUUGUCUGGUCCAUGCAUCCAAUCCAACGACACCUUGACAGCUGUGUUCGGGAGAGGAGCCUCAUCUAUAAACUGUGUGAUGCAUUCCCAGUUCAGUGUAGCCUGCGUUACACCCAUAUUUUAUACCACUGGUGAUGUCAGUGUGGCGUUGACUGUGACGACAUCAAAUCAGCAAAGCGCCACAUAUGAAGGGAUGAUUACUAUACUGAAUCCUUUAAACAUGAAACCAGUGUUACAAAGACUAGACCCGUCUAACUGGAGAAGAGGAGAUGAAGUUACUUUGACGUGGUCAACUCCACACAUCCCGUUUGAUAUCGAAGGAUCUUACGUGGAAAUCUACACUAUAAAACCCGACUUGGACCACAUACCACGUAUAUAUUAUCAUAGCAAGGCUGUGCAGUACAUAGAAUCAAUCCAAACUGAAGUCACGCUUACCCUUGACACUAAAGAUGACGUCAUUGUCCUGAGUUUGGUAGAGCUGACUCAGGGAAACGACCAAACUCAAAGACAGAGAGUAUGGUCAGACGCUUUUGUUGUUAUACCAAAAAAUAUCACCGAAUCUAAAGCCUCUUGUACGCGAUGGCAAACAACAGAUGACCAGCUACCAUCUUUGUCCGGAGUAGAUGUGCAGGUGUGUCCAUGUCGCCUUGACCAAGCGGAGAUCGACCUUGUUAGAUUUCAUCCCGAUCCCAUGUGCCAGUCCCCGGACGGUUCGCAACAAUCGGAUGCUGACACGUCAAUCAACUGUCUGGUCCAUCCCCAUGCCAAACAGUGCUUCCGACUGAACACCCCCGGAACAAGAGGAACGGGACAGCUGUGUUGCUAUGACGAUAAUGGAAGCAUCAUGAAUAUGCUGACCUCGUCCGGUGGUGGAUCACUACAACGUUAUCACUACUUCGGUGAUACAGAUGACGCAGUUCCGUAUCUGUCAAACAUUGUUUAUGAUACGGCCCCCUACUACCAUUGUUGUGCGUAUCCUCACCUUUUUCAGUCGGAUGUUCCGAGUGAGUGUUACAGAUUUCAUCAGAGACGUACGCCUGGAAACUGCAAUGAGUAUGUCCCAAAUACGCCAGCACAAAACUUUGGCGAUCCCCAUUUUGUGACACCGGAUGGUCUGUCUUACACAUUCAAUGGAGUAGGGGAGUUCACAUUAUUUAAAACGAAAACCAACACUUUCAUAGCUCAGGUCAGGAUGCAGUCUCUUGGUACCACCGGCAAUCAAGGAAGUGUGAUAACAUCUGUCGUCGCAAACGCAGCGAAUGCCUCAGAUCGUGUAGAGGUUAGGCUCAACUCCAUCCGGGGAUUUGAUAUUUUGGUUAACGGUGUGUUGGAGGACAUUACAGACGUCCAGUUCCUUCGGUAUACAGGAGUAAUCAUUUCUAUACUCGACAAUCCUUCCACAACAAAUAAUCAUACGAAACAAGUCAACGUUGCUUUUCCGGAGCAAGACAUUGCCUUCCAGAUACUGAUUUAUGGGUCGUUUUUGAACUACGUCGUUAGUUUUGGCCAAGGUGUGAAGCGAGGUAGUAUCGAGGGACUACUCGGAAAUUUAAACCAGGAUCCUAAGGAUGACCUGGUUUCCCAAACUGGCGAUGUCUUACCCUCCAAUUCGUCUACCGAAGUUAUACACAACAGGAUGGGCAUGUCAUGGCGAAUCACAGAGGACGAAUCUUUGUUUACUUAUGCAGUAGGAACCUCGUACGACUCUGUCCAGGACAAGACUUUUUCGCCGGUAUUUGAUGUUCCCGUAUCAGCCGUUGAUAAUGCCACACGAGAGUUAUGUGGAAACGACACAUUUUGUUACUAUGAUUACUACGUCACAGGGGACAAUACCAUGGCGAGAUCCACACGCAUGUCCACCCAUACCUUAGCCAAGCUUCAAGAGAUCUCUCGUAAAACUGUAACCUGUGGGUUUCCGCCGGCUGUGGAACAUGGACAGUGGAAUAUCAGUGGUGUAGAUGUUGACGACACGGGCAAACUUAUUUGCAACUCUGAUGCACAGCUCCAAGGGUCCGGUCACAUAACAUGUAACACAGAAGGUCAUUGGAAUGCCAGCCAGAGCUACUGUGUUCCCUCAGUAGUAAAAGCAACAAUUGACCCAACCACGGAAGCGACCGGAUCUACUGUAACCUGUGGGUUUCCGCCGGCUGUGGAACAUGGACAGUGGAAUAUCAAUGGUGGAGAUGCUGACGACACGGGCAAACUUAUUUGCAACUCUGAUGCACAGCUCCAAGGGUCCGGCCACAUAACAUGUAACACAGAAGGUCAUUGGACUGCCAGCCAGAGCUACUGUGCCCCCUCAGUUGUAAAAGCAACAAUUGACCCAACCACGGAAGCGACCGGAUCUACUGUAACCUGUGGGUUUCCGCCGGCUGUGGAACAUGGACAGUGGAAUAUCAAUGGUGGAGAUGCUGACGACACGGGCAAACUUAUUUGCAACUCUGAUGCACAGCUCCAAGGGUCCGGCCACAUAACAUGUAACACAGAAGGUCAUUGGACUGCCAGCCAGAGCUACUGUGCCCCCUCAGUUGUAAAAGCAACAAUUGACCCAACCACGGAAGCGACCAGAUCUAAUUCCUGGUUAAUCCCUAUGGCGAUUGCUCUUGCAUCCGUGUUUACACUCAUCAUUGUUAUUCUGGUGUCCAUCGUUCUCGUCAGGUGCUUCUGUUGGAAGAAAAGCCAGGCGAAAGGUCGAGAUCACACAGAAUUUCCUAAAUCAACACUGGACUUUGACAAUGCGGCGUACCAAUCACGUCAUUAUUAAACAAUUAGUUCCUAGGAACUAUAUCUGAGACCUAUAUAUACCAGUCAGAUCACAUCUUUAUGAUACAUAUGUUGCUUAAAAUCUAUUUAUUCAACUUCUGAUAUCCAAUUAUUUUAGGACAUUUAAUUACUUUUAAAACCUAGAAAAAUAUCAUUUUCAUGCUUAUCAAAUAAUAUAAGGUUUAUACAUCAUGAUAUAUUCUCUAAACAGAAAUUUUUAAUGAGGAAUUGACGUUAUGUAUAUAUUAUGUGUGUAUAUUAUGUGUAUAUUAUGUACCGGGCCACUACUAAAGUGUGUGUAUUAUGUGUAUAUUAUGUACCGUGUCACUACUAAAAUGUGUAUAUUAUGUACCGGGCCACUACUAAAGUGUGUAUAGUAUGUACCGGGACACUACUGAAAAGAAAUAACUGUGGCUAUCAGGGUUGCAGCAAACUUUCGGGACUAGGAAAUCCACCAGCAGAGUCGACAAUCUUGUAUCUUUAAAUAUUAACACACACACAAAUGUGAUUGCAAAAAAAGUCGGUAUUAGAUACAGAUGCUUCGUUCUUCUAGGUCUCAUCGUUGAGCUUAGACCCGAGACAGAUAUAUUGUAUGUUUUAAACCAUGUUGUAUUAUAUCUGAUGUGUGACACUUUAAUAAAUUUCCUGAAUUUUGAAUCAUA